GGGUUGGCCGUUGGACCUCGACAUCAGACGGGCGCAGACGAGAUGCCGCGUUUCCAGGCUCAUCUGUCGAGAUAAUCAUCACCAAUACCAGGUCAAUCUCCCUAUCUCUCAACAACGCUGUCUCCUCGUCGAAACGACCGGUAGAAGAUGCGGAACCCCAUGAUCUUGACCACAUCGAUUUGAGGCUCGCCACGUCCGAUCAUAUCGCCUCUGAACCAGUCAACUUGGUUGUCCAGCUGAACGACACCUAUACCACCUUCACGAAUGCCAGAGCCAUCGUCCCCGUCGCGAGCGAUCUUGACCCUAGAAAUAGAUACCUACUCAGAGCGACGCAUAUGGGAGGGCCGAAUUUGACCGGCCGGGUUCUCGAGUUCAAUGGAAUCUGGGUGGAAAAGCUCACUGAGCAUCCCGAGACACAGCCUGCACACCCCUCGAACAAUGCUAAAAAUAUUUCAUCCAGAGAGAGGAUGGAGGAAGCUCAGACUGUACAAGUUGCGACGAAAAGGACAAUUGAGAUCCUCACUUCCGAAAUAUCAUUCUGUCCCAUCUCGAAGAAGGAAAACCAAGACACUAUGAUCAACAGAGCCAGUGUCUGGUAUGAUCAGCUAGGAUCUACACACAACAUUGAUGCCAUCACCAUGUCCACCAAAGACUUACGUCUAUUACCCUCCUCCGAUGAGAUGCGUGCCACCGUCUCACACCUCUUCUUCCGUUCUGGUCCUCCGGGAACAACCCUCUUCGCCCGUCCGUGGACCUUUACGACCUACAGUCCGUCCGUACUGAUCCUACAACUGGGCUUGGACGAGUUUACCACGUUUUUCGCAGACCCAGAGAAUCGCAACACCCGCUCGCGAGAGCAUUUCAUCAACGAAUUUGUCAACGCGUACGUCAAAUUUCUCAAGGCGAUCCGGAGAACGGCAUACCCGUUCAAUUCAGAAUCUCUCUCUUCUGCUCGGAGAAACGCAAUUGACGAUCCGACUUACAUCUCAAACUCGGCACCUUCGACGUUGCCGAUAUUCCUCAUCGCCCCCUUUUCCUCUUCAGGGCACCUCGUCACCAAGAAAACCCGCCUCGACCGGAUCAUCAACGACGCCCUGUCGCGCGUGGCUCAAGUCGCACUCGCGGACGGUGACGUGUCGACCUUUUGGAUAGACACCACGGGCUGGCUGGACCGCAAGAGAGAUUUCGUCACGGCCACGCACGAUGUCGGUGUCGAGUGUCAACUGCUGUUGAACCAAACCGGCACUUCACCACAUCGGAUGUUGAACCCUGCCGCAAACCUCAAGGUGUCCACGCUCUUGUGGGACCACAUCUGCCCUUACAUCGAUCGCGACAACAAUGCCACGAGCACGACGAGCCAACAGAGGGCAAAGUGGUGCCCUUUCGAUCGACGCAACAGGUACGUGGGCAACGUGUACCUCCCGCAGGACGUCGAGGUCGAACGGACCGUGCUGGAACGAAGGAUCAAUCGCAUCAAACAACGAUUCAAGAUCGUCGGGACAGGGAUCGUGAUCGAUUGACAACUUUUGUCUCCAACCAUCCAUGACAGAAUCGGCAGAGCCAUCUCCGACGAACGUGGCUGCUUCCAUCUUCAUCCUAGGAGAGGGGAGAGAGUCAGACGGUGACCCAAAUAACCCCUGGUUAGGUGGAUUCCAAGGUAGCUAUCUCGCGAAAUAUGCUGUCCGAUGAAAGUUGGAAAGGAGACAUAAAUUCGGCCACGUCACGACGAGGUUGAAAAAUUCACCAAUUGUAAAGGCUAUACACAACCAACCAAAGGGGAUAGAAAU